AUGGAAAAUCCAGGAAGUCUAAGAAGGCAGGCUGUGCUUUAUGCUAUACCUCUUUUUCUGGCAGCAAGCCAUUUUCCAGGCCCAUAUCUAUUUGCUUUGUCCAUUCCUUCCUCUCUUGUUGCACUUCUUGUCCCAGGCACAAAAAGAAAGAUGUACAUAUCGAACUCCUUGUUUAUUCUUUCUCUGCUGUUUCCAAACAUCUACUUCCUGUGCUAUGGAUUUACAGUAGCUGCAACAUAUGUUUCUGUAAGCAAUCUUUGCAUAGACAAGUUCCACAGGGGAAACCUAGAAAUAGCUGGGAUUAUGGAAUCCAUGGGAAUGUUGCUUUCGCUGUACUCACUAAACAAUCGCACAGUGAGCAUGUGCCUUGCAGUCUUCCAUUUUUUCAAUAUAUACCAUCUGUCUCCUCCUCCAAUAGAAAGCGAAGACUACGGCCAAGCAUACAAGAAGGUUGCAAGGCUCUUAAGAGAAGCCUCAUUUACAGACAGGGCUAACGAAUACAGGGCAAUUGUGAGAUGCAGGAAGAUGGUGCUUCCAGAAUUUCGAAUCGACUUCCGGACGCCGUUGCUUAUGGGAAAGCUGCCGUGCUUCACAAAGGCCCUCAUAUGCUGCUCGCCGCUGGUUCCCGUCGAAAAAUCGUAUUGGAUAUCCUUUGUGGCAUAUUCACUGUCGUUUUCCUCUACAGAGUGGAUUUGUUCAGGGAUUUCGCUUUUCUGUGACUUUACUCCUGGACAUCCCUUCUACAAGCUAGUCAGUGCACAGAUCCUGUAUUUUGUGGCAGAUAAUAACAGGUCUUAA